AUGGCGGAUUAUCAUGGUUGACAUUUCCGCGACAGGAGCUUCAAGAACUGUUGUUCGAAAAGGAACCGGUUUAGAAACGCCUAAUUAUGGUUCUUCUUGUAAAGGUAACGAUCUUCUUUUCUCCUGGAUUUUUUUUGCCUCAGCGUACCGGUAUAAUAUGAGCUAGUAGACCUACACUCUGCAUGUACUGGUUUUGCAGUGAAACUGAAAGUUUUUCGUCAAGAUGAAAGUGUAAUUCAGGAGUACGAGAAGAAGAUAGUAAUCGGUGAAGGUGAGUAUCACUUCUUUUACUUAUAUUACUGUACGUCUUGUCAAUAAACCGGAAUGCAAGCCUAGCUCUAUAUCUAGAUCUGAAAAUGAUAUUAAGUUACUUAAGAUAAUUAAAUCAGCUGUGAGACUUCAAUCUUUCUUUGGGCCAAUCCCAAAGUGCUGAUUUUGAAUUUUGAUUUGAGGAUGGAGGUCAGGGGCACACCUUAGAUCUACCGCGCUGUAGGUAUUAGUUGUUAGCGAAUAGGGAGUAUCUCGAAUAAUAGCACUUGGGAGUAAAAUAGAAACCUGUCGUUAUUUGGGGGGCGAGGUUACUAGUACAUAUAGAAAAUUAUAAUUAUAAAAGUGGAGAUUAUCUCCGUCAGGUCACCAACAUCCGACACCGGAUAACUCUAACUAAACUCCAUCUAAGUAAUCACAAAUUGGCGAUAAGAGACACGAUGGUCGGUAUGUAAGACCUUAUAAGAACCGGAAGAGAGGAUCUGUCCUAUCUGUAAAAAAGAGGUAGAAGAUGAAAUACAUUUUUUAACUCUGUGCCCUGCGUAUCAAGAAAAAAGUAGUACUUUAUUUGAAUACUUAAACAAAGAAUACAGAACAUCAGUAAACAGAAUGGCACCAGAUGAUGUUUUUCUGUUGUUAAUAGACCCUCCGAGCAAGAACAAACCAGUACAAGAGUUAAUUGCAAAAUACGUAUUCGACUGCUAUGAGAAAAGAAGAUCAUUUGUUCUUUAGGUUAACGUGGAUUAUAGUCCCACUAGUGUGCAAUGUGCAAAUUCGAUGCACAUAGGACUGUAUAAGACUCCAAGACUCUGUCUUGUCUUGUCUUGUCUAUGGAGAAUAGAGGCAUGACAAAGGUGCCAACCUCCAGAGAUCUAUGUAAAAUCUGGUGACUCUCUUUUUUGCACUACCCACUACCCCCCCCCCCCCCCCCAUGUAAAUGCACCCCACAGCCCACUAAUUAGGACAUUAUAUGAAGUCUUACAUGAAGUACUUAUUAUCAAAAUUCGCUUUCAUCAUAGUAACAGCAAAAUAAUAUUUCUCAGAGUGACUAAUGUCCCAGAGACUGUACAAUAAAUUUAAAAAGUUUGAAUUUUGAGAAAAAAAUCAUGGGCUAAAUUUCAAACCAAAGUCCACAAAAGGUCAAAAGUCCAUUCUAUCUGGGAGAUUUUGUGACCCACAUUGGAGAGUCGGAGAUCACUGCCGCAUCCAGGAGACUACUGGAUAAUCCGGGAGAGUUGGCAUGAGCAUAUGUUUCAAUUCUCCUGACCUUCCACCUUGCGGAGCACUUUGUUUACUGCCCCUCCCCCAUCUCCACCCACUGUCUUAAAAAUGAUGUUGCCUGUUCAGUUUGAUAGAAUAUUAAAUAAUUGAUGUUGUUCAAAGUUCACAUUUUUGAGAUUUAGACCAUAUUAAUGUUUGACAAUGUUUGCCAAUGCAUGCAUUAACUUAUGUGCUCCCUCUCUUUUUCACUGCAUAAAGAUCAUGGACCUUCACCCUCAAUUUGCACCUGAGUGCAAGCCCUCCCCAGCCACUUCAAAUUUCAAACCCUCCUUUUACAAGACCAAGUUAUGGCAAGACUAUGGUAUCUAUCAUGAUCAAAAUCCUGCGCUGUGGUACAUGCCGCCAGUCAUUUGAAGCCUCUCCGAUAGAGCUUAAAUUGUAGAGUGCAAUUAUUUAUAAAUUUGAAUGGUUUAGUGAAUUUUAUACUCUGGCUUAUCAGAUUAUGACCAGUCACCUACAAAAAUAUUGUGAAUACCUUACCCUGCAAGCAAGGUCUCUUUACCCUUGUCAUAGGGUGGUGGAGAGAAAGGGAGUGUAAACUAAAUGAUCACUUACUAAAGAGUUUAAAAUUCCUGGUUUUAUAGGGGACAGUGAAGUGUCAGAGUCCUUGGAUAGAUGCUUAGAAUGUAUGCAUACCAGUGAAGUCUGUGUUAUACCAUACACCAGUGAUACUGCUGACAAAGAGAAAAGUGUCUCUUCUGAGAGUGGUCUACAAUGUGAAAUUGAGCUUCUUUCUUUCUCUAAGGUAUGUGACCUGCAGAUGCCAAUAAUCAACUGUCGUUUACUUACAUGUAUACAUCAUUAUCAAGUAUAAAAAGUAAAAGUUGAGCAUCAUUUCAUGUAAUCUGCCCGUCCAUAUAAAUCUCCACUGCUGUCUUUAAUUGAUCUAUAGCAUCAUCAUGCGACAUAUCAUAUGUCGCAGUACUGUAUUAUACAUGUUUUUCCAGCCCUGGGACCACUGUAAUUAGUUUAAGGCUGAAAAUUAAGGCAUGACCCCUACCAAAUUAUGUGUUUUUUAAUUCUUUAUUUUGUGUAAUGCAUCUAUUAUCCUUCUUUUUUUGUGAAUCAUGUAUAUAAGGCAAAGCUGAUAAAAUAAGUAAAACAGGUAAAUUAUAUAUAUUUCCAAAAAUUAUUGGAGUGUUCAAAACAUCUUAUAUUUGAUUUGGAUGAAAUUCAUUAUUUCUCCUUAGGUAAACUUAUGAUGUGACUGUAAGUACCAAUCUUGCAUAAGUUUUCCCUUUGAAUCUGUUACAGGCAAAGGAGCCUUGGGAAACUUCCCCAGAGGAAAAAGUGACAUUGGCCAAACAUCAUAAAACCAAAGGAACAGAUUGUUUUAAGGUCAACUGAACAAUGAGGAGAGGGUUCAUUAGGCAUUGGAGAUUGGAGAAUUCUCUGUUAAUAAGGCUUAAUUCUCUGGCAAAUGUUUGAUAGCCUAUGAUUAUAUUAUAUUCAGAUGUGGAUCCUCUUUUAAAAUACUCUCCUGUAACGUUACAUUUCUCUAGUCUGCUACACAGCCGUUAGUGUCGUCACGCAAUGUUAUAGUGGGGAUGAGCGUGGCAACACUUCUCCUGUUACUAGAAUUCUUAAUGAAAACCCUGAAUAAGACAGUAGUAGUUAUGGUUCAGUUGUUCGUAGUUUAACACAUUUUAUAAAUUCUCCUUAUUACGGUGAAGUAAAUGAUUAAUCUUAUCAUGUCAAAAAUCCAUAACCCACAUUUAUGUCGAUGUAGGGGUACCAAGGGGUGAAUGAUGAACCCAAGACUUGCUCAGACACUCAAACAAAGACCUUGCAAGAAAUUAACCUUACAAAAAGGAAACUAAAUUAAAAGAAAAAGCAAACAAGCAAUAAAUAAAAAACAAAGUCACACAAAAACAAACCAAAAACAACAACAACAACUCAUCAUUACAUAUAGCAUUUUUUUCUGAGAUUUCAAGAGUGGGUGAAAAGUUUCUGAGACCCACAUUUUCUGUUAGGUGUGGCUGUAUUCUGGUUGGAAAAGGCAUACAUGUCCUACAUGUUUAUUAAUACCAAACCCGCCUUUUUUCUGAUACAUGUAAAUACAUGUAACUGUAGUCUGAAUGUGUCAGGGUUUGGCUGAUCUCAUGCUAUAUAGUCCUGAAUAGUUGUCCAUUUAUUUUUUAUAUAUAUACAGGACCUGUAAUCAUUGUGUGCACCUGUUAGGAUGGAUGUUGACACUAAAAAUUUUUCUAUUUGAUUUGUUAUUUUUUUUUUUUGUCUAUAGUGAUUAUUUCUUGAAUAAGAUCCUCUACUAGGGAAAUAUGUAAAGUGUAACUAUAUUUAUGUAAACUCAGGUUUAAUUUUAGUCCACUGGCCUUGUGCCUCCCCUUUUUUGUUGCACUACAUGCAUAAUUAGUAAAAAGGGAACAAAAAGGGUUUGAGAGGUUUGAAAUAAUAUCAUUACCUGAGCCAAGUUUUCUGAGUGCUUGAUUAUUUCCUCGUCAACAUAUUUUUUAGGCAAGUAAGUGGCUGUGUGCAGCCAGACGCUACAGCCAAGCUCUGAAGCAACUGAUCUUAAUUGGUGAUCAGCUACCAGAGAAUUGCAGAGAAGAGUAUGACCAGCUUAGAGUUUCAUGCCUUCUAAAUUUAUCAGCAUGUCAAGGAAAAAUGGAACAGUACGAAUUUGUUGCACAAAACUGCACAAAGGUUAGAGUUGAUAAACGUAGCGUCUUUUACAGUUUUUAUAUGAGAAUGAUACUUUAUGUUAAUAGCUCGAGGCAGUACAAAUGCAAUAAUAGCUAAGGCCACUUCCGAGUUCCAAAAACUUUCACUUUCAAAAUGAGGCUAGGUGCCCAACCUUUCUUGUGGAAAUGAGGUGAAAACGGGAAAUUGAUGAGUGCAUGUAAUUUUAUGCAAAAGAAGAGUCAAAAACAAAAACUCUCACGCUUUGCUUGCCCAGAGUAACUAAUUGCUUGUCUUUGUAGAUAAUGAUUUUUUAAUAGCUGGAAGACGAUCUGCCUGGACCCUAUGUCCAUUGGACAAGUGAGCUUAAACAGUUUCUUUCUCAGUAAAAAAACCUACUUGUCCUGGACGAUAAGAUGGGACUGUUUCGAGCCCUCAUUUUAGCAUGAUAUAUCAUAAUAUUUACGCCUUUACAAUGUCAUUAAUUUAUUAUAGGUAUGAUGAUGAUGUCAGUGAAUAUUUAGGAAGAAGCAUCGAUAUAUCUCUCACAUUACUUCUAUUUUUUUUUGUCACCCUGUAGGUUCUUGCAAUGCUGCCGACAAACAUCAAAGCAUUGUUCAGGAGAGGACAGGUAAAAUGGUAAAAAUGUAUCAGGUAUUAGUACAGAGUUUUAAGAAAAAUUACCGUAAAUGCAGAGUGUGAUCCGCCGGUAAUUAUGCCACAAAGAUGUUUAAAUUUAAUAAACAUAGCAGUUCAUACCAUGUAAUUCAUUAAUAUUUAAUAAUUAUAUUAUGUUUAAUGAUUCAAUUUUGUUCAUGACACUUUACAGGCAUUUGUGGUGUUAAAUGAAUUUGAGAAGGCAAGGGAAGACUUAGAAAAGGUAACAGCGAUGGCAUCAUAGAUGUUUCAUUCUGAGCGUUUCCUGUUCCCACUGAUCUAUCGUGAGGUUUGUCCGUUUAAAAUUUGGUAGCCGACAGAAAGGAAAGUUUGAUAGAUCAUACUAUCGUUAAAGAACAAAUUCAUUUAGAUCGAUCGAUCGAUCGAUCAAUCAAUCAAUCAAUCGAUAAUUGAAGGUUAUGUGCCCGAACCCCUCAAACAGUCGGAUGUUGUCCCGGUGCCAAAGUGCUCUCCGCCAAAAUCCGUCGAACAGCUAGAUCCUGAUCUACGUCCAAUUUCGCUUAUGUCGCACCUCGCAAAGAUCGUGGACGGCUUUACACUGUCUACCCUUUUGAAUCAGGUCUGCGAUAAACUUGUUGUUUACCGAUUUGCACCGGCGGAAAAAUCUACCACCCACGCACGCUCUUGUUUACUUUCUCCACGCCCUCCUUCAGUCCCUUGACCAAGGCAAUACCUACGUUCGUGUAUUCUUUGCUCAUUUCAGCAAAGGAUUCUACUUGGUGGACCACAACAUGCUGGUUCGAGAGUUGCAGCUCCUAAGCGUACACGAAGUUAUCAUUCGCUGGAUCAGAUCUUUUAAUUUGACAGGUCGAGUGCAGCGAGUAAGACCGUGGAGGGAUCCCACAAGGAACGAAAUUAGCUCCAUUUCUUUUUGCGAUCCUAGUACUAAUUUGUGUGGAGGUUGGCGUAAUAGGUUGAAAUUUAUAUGUUGAUGAUACUUCAGUUUAGGUUCGCACCAAUUCAAGUUAUUUGCCUGUCAUUGCUGUAGAUAUCAACACAUAUACGCUUCAGAACGCGACAUGAUGAAAAGAAAUGUACAGAAAAAGAAAAAGAAAAGGCUAUUGGCUUUCUUCGUUUCCGCAAUCCGAGACCCGUACUCGGCCGACUAAAAUUGCUACUGUCAAAUAUCAACAUAUUGUGUAACUGUACAUGCUUACUUAUUGCUGGCCUACCCAGCAAUUCAGUCAAUGCUGCAAUUGGGUAAAAUAAACAAGCAUCUAUCUAUCUGUCAAUCUAUCUAUUUGGUCAUUGAUCUAACGAGAAAUGUUUUAAUGCGGGGGGGUUAGAAUGGAAUCAUAUGCCAUGUCUUUAAACUUUGGUAGUUUCUGUUAAUCAGAGAGCCGGCCUGACGCCCUUUCUAAUCUUAGAAGGUCAGUUAGUUACUGAGGUAUCAUUAUACAUGUAUUUCUUUAACUUUCUUUUUCCUGGUUUGAUUGAUUUUAGGCUUUGACACUCGACCCUCAAAAUAAAGCAGUUCAAGAACAGCUCAGAGUUCUAAAACAGAAAGCGCGACUCCACGACCAAAGGAUGUCAAGAGCCUUGGGCGUCAUGUUUGGACGCAAAAAUUAAGUAUUUUCGAUCCAGACACCUGCAUGCCUUUAUGCUGUGGUCAUUCUUACUGGAAGAAACUAGUUUCCAAAACGGUGUGAUGUUUGUCCGAAGGCUGAAAUAAAAAAUACAAUGAAUUGAAAUUAACCUCGUACCCACUGGCUACGAUUCAGCCGUCGCCGUUUUGGUGCAGUAUUUCCAAGGAGGUUUUAUUCAGCGUGUGUGGCACUAGCUCUUGCAACGAUGAAGGAAGCUUAGAUUCCAUGUACUUACUUCUUAAUUCUGGUAUUAUACUGUAUAAAUCACUUUCUUUUUUUGUAUUUAGCGGCAGUUUGCUGUUCUGAAACAAUAAAAAAAGGAAAAUAUUAAAUAGCUGAAAUACAGGCCUCUGAAACUGACCAACUGGUGCACCUCGCGGCCACUAUUUAAUCACAAAACCCCCAUCCCACCAUUUUUUUUCCCAAACAUUUUUUAUAUGUCUUCAACGACAUCCUCCCGAUCCUCGGAGACCCAAGGGCAGUCAGUCGGGUCGGGAGAAAAGGAACGAAGAAAUUUUUCCAGUAAACUUUAAUAGGGCCUUUUCUCCCGACCUGUCUGACUGCCCCCUGGGUUCCGAGGAUGCUUCAACGACCGCCUUGUCCACAACGGUCACCUCUUCUUGUUUCUCGUGAGAUGAUUUUGCGUCCGGCUUUUGGCGCGAUUUCGGCAUUUUGUGGUGAUGUUUGACAAUUAUUGUAUAGCAGCCAGCGUAGGAGGCCGAGGGUAAAUUACCACAAAGGAUUCCGGAUCUCGGUAGCCUUCAUGUCAGGCGUUAAAACGGGAUAGAGAAGGGGAAAUUUGGGCGCGCAAGAGUUCGGUACGAGAGACCUGCGAGGAGGGGGGCGAGGGAAAGGUAGGUAACUGGUAAGGACCACAAUUUAAUAGGUAACCGUGGUAACUUACUAGGUUUAUUGUUUCUUUCCUGUGUGGUCCCCAAUUCACCGGCUCGGUGACUACAGCCAACUCUCUCUUAACGGACACCUCUAUAAAAUGGACACCUAGAGUUUUGUUUAAAUCCCUUCACAUCCGUAAGCAGAAACAAUCCUUUUGCUUCCCCAUUUUACGCAACAAUGACGAUUCACUUGGGUUACCUGUGGUUGAGAAGAACGUAUCAAGCGCCCGCAAUGUGACAGCGCACUUUACCACCAACUGUCUCUUCCCUUUCUCUUUGCUCGUUAAGUGAUCAACAUGAGGUUUGUGAAGUUGUAAUCUCAUCUUUUCAACCUACUCGCUUGCCAUCGAUAGAUAAGCAUUAAAAAAUAGACGCGGAUGGGUGUUCAAGAUAACAAUUUUUCUAAUAUAUGACCUUCCUUAUCUUUAAUUAAUAAAUAAAUUGUGAUUCAAGACACGUACCCUGUUGGCAGAGUAUCUUCGAUCUUUUCUGGAUAAGAUCGUAAUGGCAAGGUAUAAGACACCGUGUUCGUUCCCGACAAUCGUGACUACAAAAACAGAGCAAAGUGGAAGGAUUUACAGAGGGCAAAGAUGGUCAAAAAAAGAAAAGAAAAAGAAAAACAUUGACCGAUUUUAUCGAAUUUUAUUUGUAACUCGAGUGACAAAAGACAAAAUAGUUUUGCAUGACGUAAACUAUGUGACAUAACUUCACGACUCAGUUUACCCUGCGAGCAAGGGUCUCUACUCACAGGGUAAAAGCAGUUGUGAAGCAAGUGCAAACAAGGGUGAGCUCGUCCCCGAAAAAUGGAAGUUAAUCUUCAAAUAAAGUGUAUUUUAACCCUGAUGACCAUUUGUUUAACAAGCAUGGCCUAUCAUCAUCAUCGUCAUCAUCAUCACAGUAAAAUUAUAUUAAUCAAAAUCAUCAUCACUAGUGAGCUUAUGCAAAAGUGCAGCAGAUGAAGGAAGAUGGCAAACCUUUUGACAAGCAUGACAAUAAAUACUGGUAUGUUUAAAAAAUUUUCUGCCAAACUUCAUCUUCCUCAAACAGAUUUUUUUGUAAAAGAGCAGAACACAUUAAUGUUAAGGAAAGUGCACAACAAAACACAGAAGUAAUAGAAAAGACAAAUAGCCCUGUCACAUUUGUCACUCGCAAACAUCUUGCCGUCCUCUUCAUCAUGCUGUCCUGUUGUGUAAGCUCAGUAUUGUCCUAGCAUCAUGCCUUGAAUAAACAACAAUGGGACAAAUAAUCAUUUUGUACAUUGCAUGUAUUUCCAUUUCCCUAGUAAGCUUCACCGUGAUACGCUGUUUGAGUGCUGCAGUGCUGUACUGCAAGGUGCCAAGGACAAGAAAAGAAAGUUUACGGAAACUGUUGAGCUGCAGAUCAGCUUAAAGAAUUAUGAUCCUCAGAAGGAUAAGCGUUUCAGUGGAACUGUAAAGCUCAAGCAUAUUCCACGACCCAAACUUAAGGUUUGUAUUCUGGGUGAUGCAUCUCACUGUGACGAGGCCAAGGCAAAUGACAUACCUUGCAUGGAUGUUGAAGCUUUAAAGAAGCUAAACAAAAACAAGAAACUGGUCAAAAAGCUUGGUAAGAGUUUUAUUUUCUGCUUUCACAAUCACAGUAUCUACCCUCCUCUCUGGCAUGUAAAUUUUCACGCUAAGCUGUGAUAGUGCGCUAUAAUCGGUGAAUCAAUAGUCGUUAACAUGGGUUUCUGGAACAUUGACCAUCUUAUUAAAGUGAUCCAGGGGCGGAUCCAGGAUUUUUUUCAGGAGGGGGUGCACUCGUCUCUUGCUCUACUUCAACACCAAUAAACCACAUAGUUUUUUUUGCAGAAUACCAGUUGUAUUAGAAAACCGCAGGUCAUCUCAGGAGGGGGGGUGCUCACCCCUUGAACCCUCCCCCUAGAUCCGGCCCUGUGAUCUCAAUUUGAGAAAGCAUAUUAUUGUUUUGCAAUCAAUGUAGAGCGUACUGUAUUGAUUAACUACAGAAUACCAGGCAACUCAUGACUACUUUGUUUGCUUUUGACAUUUUUAAGGAGGACGGCAAUUUCUUUAUGCUAUGCUUUACAUGCAGAUAAGGGGCCAAGUAUUCUCUAAAUUUGCCGUCAACUAUUUCAUUGCAUUCACACCACUGAGUGAAGUGCCAUGCACUGAUGUCAUUUCUCUUUUCUAGCCAAGAAAUAUGAUGCUUUCCUGGCUUCAGACAGUCUAAUCAGGCAGAUUCCUCGUAUUCUUGGUCCUGGUCUGAACAAGGCUGGCAAAUUUCCCACAGCGCUGACGCAUAAUGACAACAUGGUGCAGAAGGUGGAGGAAGUGCGCUCAACAAUAAAGUUUCAGAUGAAGAAGGUAGGAUAUUCACCAGAAAUAAGGCACAGUGCUCAAAGAAACUAGGGAAUUUGUAAAGUUGGUAUGGCAUAUGUGUACAAUGUACAGUAAAAGUCACAGCCUUCAGGAUGCAUGUACUUAAGUCUUCACUGCUUACAGUGUACUUUAAUUUAAAAAUAUGCAAAUCAUUUGCUUAUCUUUGUGUUCCCUACUCCAGAAACUAUAAUGGGAAUGGGUACAAGCUUUUGUUACAACCAUUUCUGGGAUCGUGGACAAGUGUUAGUUUUCAUUGGUUGAUGGUGUCCUAGGCAACCAUUAACCAGCCAUAAGUAAUGCCUGUCCACACUCAAACCAUCUCAGAAUUCAUGGAACCAAAAGCUUGUACUAAUUCCCCUUAUAGUUUCUGGAGUAGGGAAUUGUGGAUGACAUCAUUCAGCAGGCAGUGUCAAAUUCCAGAAUAAAGCACAAUAGAAAACUUUGUAAGAGUCAAUCUUGACGUAUUAAUUUCUUUUGAGCACUGAUAAGGCCUUAUUUUCUGGAAGACCAGAUAACUGUUUGUUCAUCUGGUCGGACCUGCACCCAGGGUCUUAAAUCCAUGGGGAGACUUUUACAGUCGACAAAUAUCACUCUGGGCAAAGCUUGGUUGAUAAAACCAGCAUUUAUUUUAGUUGCAUGAGACAUGAUAUAUACCUCGGUGUCCCAUGAGGUGCACCUGGCUCCAAACUAGUAGUAGUCAGUAGUAUUAUGGGAUGCUGGGAAUUUUUACUUACUGAGAUUUGGAAUCCAGAACUCAGCCUAAGGAAUCCCGAUCCUACUAAUGACUGAAAGCCAGAAUCAAAAUUCUACUGACAAGUUGGGAAUUCAGAAUCAAAUACUGUGUUUGAUUACCCUGCAUAGAGUCCUAAAGUGAUGAUGUCAUCAAAGUUGAAUUUGUGAAAUUUUGGAAUUUGUGGGAAUAUUUUAAAAGAACAACAUCUGAAAGGCCUACAUGUACUUGCCAAAAACUAGCAUUGUGAGGCAAAUUGUCUCGGAGCAUGACUCCAUGCAAAUCCUUCUUCAUUUUACCUGGUUCCUAAUGUUAUGAACUGGGUCAUAUUUAGAAGGAUUUGUAUGGAGUCAUCAGAGCAUAGCUGGGCUGAUAUCUCAAAGGCAAUUUGCCCUGGAAGGCUAAUUUUUGGCAAGUAGGCCUUUUGGAUAUUGUUCAUCCGUAAAACCCCGAAAAAUUCCAUAAUUUCGUAAAUUUAAUUAAAUUUUCUGGCAUUCUCCUGUAAAAUGAUGACCUUGUCAGACACAAGUACAAGUAUGUGUCUCCUAAAAAGAUAAAUAAUAUUACUGGAUGGGCUUAUUUAAUGUGACCCUGUAGUAGAAUAUAAGUACAUGCAUAUGUUCCAUGCUGCAUGGUACAUUGACUCAAACUGGUACAAAUAUUAUCGUAUGUUGUCGGUAUGUUGACAUGCUGUAGUGUCCUGUUGUAACUGGUCAUUGCUGCAUUACUUGCAGGUUCUGUGUCUUGCUGUGGCCAUUGGUCAUGUUGAGAUGUCCCAUGAUGAACUUGUAGCAAAUGUCUAUCUUGCUGUUAACUUCUUGGUGUCGCUGUUGAAGAAGAACUGGCAGAAUGUACGUGCUCUCUACGUCAAGAGCACAAUGGGAAAGCCUCAACGUUUGUAUUAGGCAUAGCCACUGUGUGCAUUGUACUAUAAUUAUGUAGUGCAUUAACUUACAGUCAGGCUUAAUAAAAGUACCAAAAAGUCC